CUAUUAUUUUUUAAAUAGUAAAAUCUGAGAGACGAGACGAAAAUAGUUAUACCUAAUUAAUUUAUACAUAAGUGUUGAUAGUGAUAGUAAACUAUUAUUGUUGGUAAUUGGGAUGCUUUAGUUUCUAAAUUGAAGUAAAGGGCAAAAUUAUUACCGGUACAUCAUAACAAGAUUUAGAGCAAAAUUUUCAGUUUAUUGUUUGUUAUACAAUAUGGAAUUGGUUUGGCGUGACCCUGGCUCCGACGAAUGUUUCUUAACUGCAGUAGAUUUGGAUAAUUGUGUAACAGAAAAAAUAUUAAGGAACACUUUCCGAAAUCCACUGAUAUCAAGUAGUGAUGAAGAUGAAACAAAUGUCGUAGAUUGGAAUCAAGUAUUUAACAGGAAAAAGAAGGACAGAUGCCAAAGAUCACACAUUCCAGGACAAAGACAGCUGCCUCCAUAUCCUAGGGUGUCCUCCCUCACCCCUCAGCAACAUUUUCAGUGUUUAAAAGUAAUCAGUGCCAAUAACCCAUUUGUAGAACCAAGCGAUUAUAUGCCAAUGCCAACCAAACUGGACUAUAAAGUUUUUGAGGAUGUUAAACUAGAAUAUGAAAAAGAGCAAAAAGAGUUCAUAGAUUGGGCUAAAACACUGUGGUUAACAAAUCAUUGCAUUCGAGCUCUUCGACCGAAGGCACCUGUAGAGACUACAUAUAAUGCAAGAUUCAAAAUGAAAGCUCAUGAGCUGAAAUGCUACCCCAAAAGAUAUCAACUAGCAGCUCAGAUACCAUUGCUGAGUUAUAACAAUCACAAGUAUUCAUUCACACAUUGCGAAGACUUAGUAAUGGUGGACUACAAAGAACUACCACAGAUGUGUAGCAACCAGAUAAAAACUAAAAUAUGUGUAGUGCGACCAAUCAAUGUACCAGAACCAUGCAAUGAACAUCCAUGUAGAUUUAUACUGCCAAUGGAAGAUACAGUGACCGUGCUGCCAAAGACAGAAGUGGAGCGUGAGUUGGCGCAGUACGCUUUCGACCACGGGGCUCGAUGCAUCGCCAGCGAGAGUGCCCUGAAGUGUCUGUUGGAGUUGGAUCAGAACUGGUAUAUAACAGUUGCUGUGUGUCAAGUUAUUGGUCCAGAUGGCGACAAAUCGAACGUGAUAGUGUUGGGCAGCGAAUUCUCCAUAAAGAAGGAAAAUGUGCUGCGCAGAAGUUACAAAGCAUUCAGACAUCUGUUGGAGGAACACCUAGUGCCUGUAUCGGAGAAGGCGAAAAUAUUGUGCAGAACAUCACAGAAACAUAAUGGUAAUGUGACAAAAGAAAUUCCUGCUCCGUCAGACCACGAGGGGGAUAUGUCUAGCGAUGAUGAGGACAAUCUCUGUAUUGAUCUAGGUGAAACAGAGGAAAGCGAUUGUAAUGUGUCACAAGAAAAGAUUGACACUAGACUGACGAAGCCCGCCACUUUGAAUGAGAGUGUCUCUAAAAAAAAUGCCAGUCUCCAUAACGAUACUAGUUUAAAUACAAGUGGGCUUGGACAAUACACGUGUACAUGUAAAGACACGACGCUCGAGCGGCCGUCUCCGCGCUCCUUCCGCCGCUGGCGUGUGAGUGACGUCACCAACAACGACUCCAUACACAUGAUCGUACACGCGCCGCAUAAACUACGGGGUGACUCGGGUGAAGUGAUCCUCGAGCCGAUACCUGAAUACCAGUUAGAGCUGGGAGGGGUCGCCAUGUCUGUUGAGCGGCAGAGGAGUCUAGCACUCAGCUUGCUUCUGAGGAAGAACGCUACCGCUAUUAAAGUGCGGCUGGACGCUUCCAGCGGCGAGAUAGUGACGAUGGAGCCGGCUGCGGAUGCGGGCGCCGACCUCGCGGACCACGUGGGCCGCCCUCUACACACCACCACGGAGCAGCUGCAGGGGCUGGUGCCUGGCCGGUACCUGCUGCGGCACCACAUCUCUCACGGUUCCAACGCUCUCCUGUACGCUCCGGCCAAGAGGGCCGGUAGUGACAGCCUGGACCUCCAGUUCGAGCUGGACUCCCUGGAGCAACCCGACGAGGCCGCCUGCCUCAAGAUGGCGCCGCCUCUCUCCACUGCCCUGCUUCCGAUACACAAGCUUCGUAAGGUGUUGCCCUGCGCGUUCACUCCGUUCGCCGACCAACUGCAGCGCCUCGGGGGGCGGGGCGCCACAGGGGCUGGCGCUCGCAACAAGACGCCCCCGCAGGCGAUAAAGUGCGAGGCCGGCAGAGGCGGGAAGAGAAGAAAAAAUCGUCAAAGGCGUUCAGGUACAAUGUACUCUAGAAAAUAAGGACAAAGGGCAGUCCAUGACCUAGUCGCAGACACAAUGGCCCCGCAAGCGGAAGAAUAAGAAGAAAAAAUGAGUUCACAAUGUUUUAUUUUUGUUGCGAGAUUUAUCUUUGGAAUUAAUAAUACUUUGUAAUUAAUUGGUAUGUGUCCUUUAAAGCCUUACAAUAAAUAACAUUGUAGUUAGCUUGUGCCGAGUCAGAUUUAUCUCCAUUUAUUAGAUGUGGAUAAGGAGACUUGUCAAACAAAAACUAGUACCUAGUAACACAAACUUGUGUCAGCUGAUUUACCUUUACUUUGAGUUCGAGAAUAGUGUAUUGUAGAACAAAGUAUUGUUUUAUAUUCUGUGAUUAUGAGCUAAUUAGAAUAAGGUUUAUUUUUAUAUAAAUUCCAAACCACCAUGACAUAGAAAUAACUGAUUGAAUCAGUCACAAUCAACCACACUCAAAGUACGUAAGUUUAUAUUAUAUAAAUCGAGUGUCCUGAUGUUUAUCGAGUGCAGUUUAGUCCAACUUGAGAGAUAGGAUAGAUUUUUAUUUCCAAUAUUUGAUUUGUAUGAAAAUAUUUUCUACAAGAGAAUUUAUUGACGCACUGUUUGACAGUUCUGCUGUGAAACAAUUUCAUUAUGACAUAUUAUUAAAAAUUGUAUUUUAUUUAUUAUCUACAGAACGUCUGUCGGGUUAGGUUAUAUAAAUAAUAAUAUGUAUAAAAAUCUUGACUGUAUGUACUAUUAAUGUGAUAAGGAAUGUUAAAUAAAACGUUAUUGUUGUAAUAUAUAGCUUUAUAUAUUUCAAUAAACAUUUUAAAUAAAUUAAA